AUGGCCUCUCGUGUCCUGGUCUCUGGUCUCCCCCGGUCGCUCCCUCCCCUCCCCCCGGGGCCUGCCCCUACCUGUGUCCCCUGCGUCGAGGGGCGGCAGCGCGCCGCUCCUCACUCCUCCGAGUUUCCGCCGACAGAGGCUCCGCUGCAGACUCUUCACAUGGACGUGUGGGGCCCAGCCCGCAUCCGUGGACAGGGUCACGAGCGCUACUUCCUGCUGGUAGUUGACGACUACUCGCGUUACACCACAGUCUUCCCCUUGCGCCGCAAGGAUGAGGUCACUGAGGUGUUGAUCGACUGGAUCCGCGCAGCUCGUCUCCAGCUCAGGAAGAGUUUCGGCUCGGACUUUCCUGUUCUGCGUCUGCACUCUGACAGAGGUGGAGAGUUUUCCUCCGGCCCUCUGCGAGCCUUCUGUCGUGCGAGGGGCAUCCGCCAGACGUUCACGCUUCCGGCCUCUCCACAGCAAAAUGGGAUUGCUGAGCGCCGCAUUGGCAUGGUCAUGGAUGUCGCUCGCACGUCCAUGAUCCAUGCGGCUGCUCCCCAUUUUCUGUGGCCGUUUGCGGUUCAGUACGCGGCGCGUCAGAUCAACCUUCAGCCCUGGGUCUCCUUGCCGGAGACCUCCCCCACUCUGCGGUGGACGGGGAAGGUUGGCGAUGCGUUUGCGUUCCGUGUCUGGGGGUCUCGGGCUUUUGUCCGAUACUUGUCUACGGACAAGCUGUCUUCCCGUGCCAUUCCCUGUGUCUUCCUUGGCUUCCCCCCUGACGCGCCUGGUUGGCAGUUCUACCACCCCACCUCGCGCCGUGUUCUGUCCUCCCAGGACGUCACGUUUGACGAGUCGGUUCCGUACUACCGUCUCUUCCCCUACCGCGCUGCCCCCCUUCCCCCCCCGCCGCUCUUCCUUACGCCAGGUCCCCCCCCGGUAGACCCCCUCCCCCCUCAGGGUCCUGCUCCUUCAGGUGUGUCUCAGGUAGACCCCCCCCCCUUGGCUGAGCCUUUGAAGGUGACUUCCGACACCUCUGGCCCACCUGAGGGGGGUGACGCUGCUGCUGACGCCCCGGCGGCCUACCGCCGCGCACCACGCUUGGAGACCCCUCCGGGGUUCCCUCCGCGACCUUCUUCGCCGCCUCUGCAGCCGGUUCCUGUUGACUCUGGUGCUGUUGGGAGUGGUGCUCCUGGAGGUGCUGCGUCUGGGGGUGCGGAGUCUGGGGGUGCUGAGCCUGCGCGUGAGGAGACUGGAGGUCCUGCGCCUGGGGGUGCUGUGUCUGGGGGUACUGAGCCUGUGUGUGCGGAGUCUGGGGGUGCUGAGUCUGGAGGUGAGACGCUUGAGGGUACUGGGACUGCUGGUGCGCGGCCUACUUGGAGUAGCUGCCUUCGUCCACGUGUGCCUCUCACCACUCAGCAGCUGCACGACUGGUACGGUCGCCGUCAGCGUCGCGCUGCUGGAGCCCGGGGCUCUGCUGCUGGAGGCACUGGAGCUGCUGGGACAGGGGGUGCUGCGCCUGGAGGUGCCGUUGCUGGAGACACUGAGGCUGGAGACCCUGGGACUGGGGGUGCUGGUUCUGGGGGUGCUGCUACGGGAGACCCUGCGGUUGGAGACCCUGGGACUGCAGGUGCCGGUUCUGGGGGUGCUGCUGCUGGUGACGCUGGCCCUGGUGGUGCUGGCACUAGAGGUACCGGUUCUGCGGCUGAAGCUGCUCGCGCUGCUGGAGGCACUGGAGCUGCUGGAGUUGCUGGAGACCCUGGAGCUGUUGGAGGUGUUGGAGCUGCUGGAGGCACUGGAGCUGCUGGAGGUGCUGGAGGUGCUGGUGCAGCUGCGCCGACACGACUGUUCUUCGCUCCGCCGUCUCCGUCGUCUCUGCCGCCGCCUGACUCUGCUCUUCGUCAGGUUGUUACUCUCCCGUCAUCUACUGGUCUUCCGUUACAGCCUGGCUCACCGCUGCCUGCUCCUUCCCCUUACACUGAGCAGACAGGUAGUCUUGCUGAGCGUCAUGAGCCUGCGUCGCGUCCAGUCUCGCCUGUUCGUUCUGGUCGUACUGGUCGUCGUGUUUCUCGUUUGCGUCAGCCGACUGUCCCCAGUGCACACCUUGUUGUCCGUCGUCCUUCCUCUGUUCCGCAGUCUGUUCCUCUGCCGUCUCCCCCUGCGUCCUCUCUGCCUGCCGUUCCGGACCCUGCGUCUGACCGGUUUCGUGCUGAGCACCCUACUGUUACGCGUCUGUUAGCCACUGUUGUCACUGACCCGUCGUUUGAGUCUACUGCUGCGUCUGCCUUGGUCGCUGAGCUUGUUGACUUUGCUGCUGCCUGUCGUCUAGACUACGCCGCUAGUCUUGUUGCUGAGUCUGAGUCUGUCUGUCCUCCGUCCGUUGGGGGUGAGUGUGCUCUUAGCACGGACGUCCUUGAGGACAGGCAGGAGGAGUUCCAGUGUCUUGCUGCUGCUUUACCUCAUCUUGUGUCCUCACUGCUUGCCCCUGAGGGAGACCCGGAUGCAUUAGACAUCCCGACUCCACGCUCUUACGCGGAGGCGAUAGAGGGUCCCUACUCCUCUCAGUGGCAGGCAGCCAUGGACGUGAAGCGGCCGCCGGGUUCUCCGCCUGUCUUCAAGGCGCGUUACGUGGCUCGAGGCUUCAGUCAGCGGCAGGGAGUUGACUACUUUCAGACCUUCUCUCCCACCCCGAAGAUGACCACUCUUCGGGUGCUGCUACACAUAGCCGCUCACCGUGACUACGAGCUUCACUCUCUAGACUUCAGCACAGCUUUCCUACAGGGCAGCCUGCACGAGGAGAUCUGGCUGCGCCGCCCACCUGGCUUCACUGGGUCGUUUCCUCCUGGUACCCAGUGGAGCCUCCGGCGGCCGGUCUACGGUCUCCGCCAGGCGCCGCGUGAGUGGCACGACACACUGAGGACUACGCUUGCGGCUCUUGGGUUUGCUCCUUCUACUGCAGACCCGUCGCUGUUUCUACGCACCGACACCUCUUUGCCGCCGUUCUACAUCCUCGUGUACGUCGACGACUUGGUCUUUGCUACAGCUGACACUGCUGGACUCGCCUAUGUGAAGUCCGAGCUACAAAAGCGACACACGUGCACAGACCUGGGUGAACUGCGCAGCUAUCUUGGCCUGCAGAUCACUCGGGACAGAGCACGGCGCACCAUUACCCUGACUCAGUCACACAUGGUGCAGCAGAUCCUUCAGCGCUUCGACUUCACGUACUCCUCGCCUCAGGCCACUCCUCUGUCUACUCGCCACUCGCUCUCAGCUCUGCCUUCGGAUGAGUCCGUAGAGCCGAGUGGCCCGUACCCAGAGCUUGUUGGCUGCCUCAUGUACCUGAUGACCUGCACACGACCUGACCUGGCCUACCCUCUUAGCAUACUCGCACGCUAUGUUGCUCCUGGGAGACACCGACCAGAGCACAUGGCUGCAGCAAAGAGGGUGUUGCGCUACUUGUGCAGUACGUCGGGCAUGGGGCUCGUGCUUGGAGGGCGGAGUCGAGUGGUCCUCACGGGUCACGCAGACGCGUCUUGGGUCGACGACCUGGCUACGCAGCGGUCGUCGCAGGGUUACACCUUCAGCCUUGGUUCCGGCUCUGUUUCGUGGCGGUCUACUCGCUCGUCUUCUGUUCUCAGCUCCAGCUGUGAGGUUGAGAUCUACGCAGGAGCCAUGGCUGCACAGGAGUUACGCUGGCUGACCUACCUGCUGACUAACCUUGGAAAGCCGCCUCCUCGAGUUCUGUACGUAGACAACAAGGCCAUGCUCGCCUUGUGUCAAGAGCACAGACUGGAGCACAGAACGAAGCACAUCGCUCUUCGCUACUUCCUUGCUCGUGAGCUGCAGCAGCGUGGUCAGCUGCGCCUUGCUUACGUGGCCACUCGGGCCAACACUGCUGAUAUCUUCACCAAGGCUCUUCCGCCUUGCGAUCAUCAGCGCUUUUGUACUAUGCUAGGUCUUGUGCCUACUUGGCCUCACUUGCUCACUUCUUGA